GUCGUUGAAGCCGCUCGCACACUUUCGGGACUUUGCCGCCUGGGCCACGGGUUCUUCGGCGAGUACUACAAAGACUUUGUGCCCAGCGAGAACAUUGACUGCCCCUGUGGGGAACCAGUACAGACACGACCUCACAUUCUACAAGAAUGCCCUAUCUACGAACAGCACCGCCACAUACUCCGCAAGGUGUCCGAGGACGUGGCGCUGGCGGAGAUCCUGGGCACGCCAAAGGGCAUUGACGCGCUAGCCCGCUUCCUCAAGAAGAGCGGCGCAUUCACGAAGACAGGGCACCCGCGGGCAGAACCGCGCGCGCCGCGGUGGGAAGAUGAGCCUGAUCCGGUGGGGGAGGAUGGGUGGAUGGAGGACGAGGGAUGGGAGACGGGCGAGGAGGAGGAGGAACGAGACGAGUGAGGGAUCGGGCAACGAGGGGAGGAGAGAAACACACAGCGCUUCGGCGUACCGACUGCACGCGACUCGAGCCGCUCUUCGACGACCUCUACACCGAACCAGCCUGCAGUGGCUACAACCAGACAGGAAACUAUGUCACAUGCGGAGACCGCCGAGGAGAUCGGACACUACGGACAACAUAGUAGAGGUGCCCGCCUAUGGGCUAGCGCGUCUUGGUACUACAUAGUUACCUGCUGCGCGAAUAAAAUGCAGUGACAAAAAAAAAAAAAAAAAAAA